CAUGUCUACCCUCAGUGUGUUUUUAAGCUAUAUGCAGUCAGUGCACGCAGAGAAUAGGCUGUCUUGUGCGUAGUAAAGGGAGCCGGUGAUAGAUGAGUCGACAGGACCCCUCGAGUCCACCGUCCUAUCGUCUCAGACCGUGUCUUUUGUUGUCCACAAUGGUGGGGUAACGAUAGUAUUGUAACGAAACAUUCCUUGUUAAGACUGGACGAUUAGUUAGCUGUCGCCAUUGCGAGUCGAUUUCUACUCGAUUGACAUAUGAGAAACGCAUGUCUCUUUGAGGCUUUUUAAAUGCAAACAUAGUUUCAGUGGACGUGUGAAACUACCCUCAAGCAAAACCUAUCCCGGCUGUAGAAACGCAAACGGUGCCAAGUAGUUACAAAAUAGAUAUCUUUAAUUGACCCAGCACCGGGGAUUUUGUGAGAAGACUUCAAAGAUGUUUGAAACCAGGGGGUUACCAUUCGUUUUGCUGGACAUCGUCUGCUUAGUUUUAGCUGGUCUUCCUUUGGCAGCCUUUAACCUGGCUAAAAUCAAGCCUUACCAGAGGGGCUUUUUCUGUAAAGAUGACAACAUCCGCUACCCUUUCCACCACAGCACGGUCACCUCCACUGUGCUGUACACGGUGGGCUUCGCUCUGCCCAUUGCCUGUAUGAUCUUUGGGGAGUGCUUUUCAGUCUAUCUAAAGCGCAUCAAAUCCAAGUCCUCUUUCAGCAACAGCUACGUGGCGUGCGUCUACAAGGCCAUCGGCACCUUCCUGUUCGGGGCGGCCAUGAGCCAGUCGCUCACCGACAUCGCCAAGUACUCCAUCGGGCGCCUGCGACCUCACUUCCUGGACGUGUGCAAGCCCGACUGGAAGAGCAUCAACUGCACGGGGAACGCCUACAUCGAGGACUUCACCUGCCUGGGGGAUAAGCGCAUGGUCAACGAGGGCAGACUUUCCUUCUACUCGGGACACUCUUCGUUCUCCAUGUACUGUAUGCUGUUCCUGGCACUGUAUAUUCAGGCAAGGCUGCAGGCUGAGUGGGCCAGACUCCUGCGGCCCACGAUUCAGUUCUUCCUGAUCGCGGCAUCGGUGUACACGGGCCUGUCCCGCGUCUCGGACUACAAGCACCACUGGAGCGAUGUGCUCACGGGCCUGCUGCAGGGCGCCCUCAUGGCCACCCUAGUGGUGUUUGUCGUGUCGGACUUCUUCAAGAACAGGGUAGAGCCGGCAAAGGAGGCCGAGAUCCCCCACACCACUCUCCAGGAGACCCCAACCAAUGGAAACCAUUUUGACAGCCCCAGCUAAGCUCCAGAGGAACUGAAGUCCUUGACACCACUGAUCCGGUGGGAAGAGAUUACAGCACGCACCAACUUAAAAAAAAAAAAAAAAAAAAAACCUGAACAUUUAAAAAAAAGCAAGAAGAAAAAACGAAGAAUAAAAAUCUGAAGGGGGUGUACCACUGCUGGUGGAGAACCUGUGAAUGUAUCUGCUUGGGUCUGUGCUCCGAGAGGCGGACGCUUGACUGUUCCUUACAGACGCUGUUUGUUGUUCCAUGUUGCCUUGUCCGGACUGCUGCUACUGCUGGCACCACAGCUUUCUAUCUCUCCUUUACCAAACUAAUAUGAAGAGUGUAGCUCUCUAUAUGCAUCGGAAGAAACACACACACACGAUUUGUUUGUUUUGUUUGUUUGUUUGUUUUUUUUAUCUGUAUGAAAGAA